ACGUUAGUUUGAAAAUUCAGCGGCGGAGCUUUAGCGACUGUUGUUGUUUGUCACCGUCGAAGCUGCUCUGCAGCCUUUCUCUAAACAUUAACACGAAGUCGAGGCGAAGAUGUCAUUUUCAAGAGCCCCGUUGAAGAGGUUCAACGAGCACAUAGGGUGCGCCCCUCCACCUGGGUCCUAUGACAUCAAAUCAGAGGAUGCGAAGGGAGCUGCUUCUUUCAACAAAUCGGACCGAUUCAGAGCUACCAAGGCAGCUGCCGGAGCUGCUCUUCUACCACCAUCGUCGCCUUCCAGAAGUGUCUUCGUCUCUCCUGUCCGCAGGACUAUGUCGGUGGAUGGUCUCACUGAAGGGUCAAGUGGCAGAAAAGACAGGAAUGGCAUGACCUUUGAAAAGAAGCAGCUGAAGCUUUUGGAAAAAGAGAUCCGGUCCCUGGUGCAGCAGCGAGGAGAGCAGGACCGACGUUUGCUGGGCCUGGAGGACAAUCUGAAGAAGGCGGAGGCCAAGCUGCUCGCCGCGGUCAGAGAGAAGACGGGGCUCUCUGCCAACGUCAUCACACUGGAAAGACAACGAGCAGAGCUCAAGAAAGCCAAUGAGUUCCUGAAAAACAAGGUUUCAGCUGAUACUGCAAAAAAGAGAAUAAAUUCCAUCACAAUGGAGCUGAUGGAAGCCAGGAACAACCUGGAUGUUAAAAAUCAGGAGUUGAGUCUUCUGCAAGUUACCACUGAAAGCCAACUGAAGGUGUUGGAAACCGACCUCCAAGCUGCCAGGGCUACAGUGUCUAAUCUACAGGACAGGAACAGGGAUCUGGAGGAUCUGCAUCAAGUGACGAAAACCCAGAAUGUGGAGCUGGAGACUGAAAACGAGAGGUUAAACGGUGAGAUGCUGGAGCUGAGAGAGGAGAUCAGAGUACUCCAGGAAUACUUGGAUGCAGCUAAUGACCAGAUUCAGGACCUUCGUUUAAAGAUCCAGGAGAAGACCCAGGGGGAUGAUGUCGCUGAUUCCCAGGGAGAGAAGCUAAAGCAUCUAGAGAUGGAACUGGAGCAGAAAACCGGGAAGCUACAAACCACGCAGGAUCUGCUGAAACAAAAGGAGGAGGAGGCCACCAAAUUCCAGCAAGAGCUGCAGACGUGCAAGGAUGCUUUGUGGGAAGUGGAGAAGAGGCUAGAAUACCAAGAGCUGGAGCUCCAGUCUGCACAAAAGUCGGCCAUCGACAUGGAGAAGCAAAUGAAGUUAGCCUGCCAGGAAGUCGAAGACUCUCAGGCAACUGUCCGUCAGCAAGAGGCUGAGCUUAGCAGGCUGAGGGAGGUGCUUCGGAGAACCGAGAGGGAGCUCGAUGAGAGGGUGGCACAUCUGGAACACAAGUGUCUGCUCUCUGAGGAAGAGAGAAGUAAGGCCCAGGAGCAAGGGUUUAGGAGAGUGGAGGAGCUGAAGAAUGAGCUGAAUGUCUUACAGCAGGGUAAAAGAGAUGAAAGGAGGAGACAGAUUCAGCUCGAGCAAGAACACGCAGCACUCACUGAGGAGCUGGCCAAAGAAAAGGCUCUGGUGGACUCUCUGACUCUGCUUGUGGAGGAGGAAAGGGAAGAGUCUCAAGAGCAAAUGAGACAGCUGAAGGAGGAAAUGGAGGAGGUGCUGGGUGAGCUGGCUCUCAUGGAGGAACAGGAGCAGAAGAGGCAGGAGGUGGCGGAGAAGAGUCAGGAGGCCCUUCAGAGCCUGCAGCGGGAGAAAGAGGAGCUGCAGAAACAGCUGAGGGACGCAGAAGCCCAUGUGGACGGGAGCGGUCACGUGGCAGCGAUGAAAGAGCUGCAUCUUGCAGCAAUGAGCGAACUCCAAGAGGCUUAUAACAACUCGCAGAAAAAGAUUGAAGAUAUUGUGACGGAGCUGGAAAGCACCAAAGAGGCUCUAAAGGAAGCCAAAGGAAGACAGAGAGAGCUGGAAGCGGAGGUGGGGAGAGUGACCUGCCAGCUGAAAGAGGCAGUGGACAAAAUGGUUGAACAGAAGGAGGAAGAGAUCAAUAGAGUGAGGGGGUGGACCGACGAGCAACAGGAGAGACUGGAGGCUGAAGCAAAAGCAAGGGAGGAGAGUUCAAGAAUGUUGCUCGAGGUGCAAGCUCGCCUCGCACAGAUAGAGGAGGAAAAGGAGGCCGCAGACGCCAGCCACGCAGCUCAAAUCGCCCUGUUUCAAAAGGAGCUACAGAUGCAGAUGGAUGAGAAAGAAAAGGCGCUGAGAUGUCUGGAGGAACAGAGAAAUCAAAGUGUAGGUGAGAUCCAGCACGAGAGGGAGAAAGCCCAGAAACUGUUGGAGGAGCUCAUUCAGCAAAAGGAAGACUUAACUAAGCAGCUCCAAGAAGAAAGAGAGGAGAAGGUACAGAUCCAUGCAGCCCUUCAAGAGGAGAAGGGAGCGGUAGAGGUCGAGAGGAACAACCGCGAGCAGGUCAGGUCGGAGCUGCUUCGACUGCAAGCUGAGCUUGAGAAGUUGGAGGAGGAAAGGAGGAGUCUGCUGUCAGAAGUGCAACUUAAACAGGAGUUCAGCCACGUGCUGGAGAAUCAGCUAAGCAAUGCCGAGCAGGACAGAAAUCAGCUCCAGUCUCGGCUGGAUGAUGUCGAGCGAGACAACGUCGGCCUCCGGGCCCAAUUAAACCACUCGCGGGAGAAGACGGGAGCUCUGGAGCACGAGUUGGACAAGCAGCAGCAGGACCGAGCAGCUCUGAGGGAGCAGGUGGAGGCACUGACUCAGGAGAAGGUUACCCUGCAGUGGGAAACGGAGGAGCAACGACGGGACCUCCAAAGACAAUUAGCUGAAGUGCAGGAGAAGAGCUGCUCGCGCUCCGAGGUGGAACACUGGAAGAAACAAUACGAGGAACUGUUCACCAAAGUCAGGCCCUUUCAGGAGCAGCUUAAUGCGUUUGCAGCGGAGCGAGAUGCGCUGCUUAAUGAGAACGGGGCAAACCAGGAAGAAUUAAACAAAUUAGCCGACGCUUACGCUCGCCUCCUGGGGCACCAGAACCAGAAGCAGAAGAUCAAACAUGUGAUGAAGCUCAAAGAUGAGAAUAUCUCCCUAAAACAGGAGGUUUCAAAGCUGCGCUGCCUUGUGAGCCGCCAGAAGAGCGAUUUGGAGCAGCUAAGGGCAAAGCUACCCAGUGGUCCUCGUCGCAGGUUUGAUCCCAGUAAGGCUUUCCAACACGACAAGGAGAACAUUCAAACUGAAACGAACGAGCCCCUUAGAGCAGGAAACCAUAAAGAGUAGUGGAGGUCCUGCAGCAGACAAGAACAGGCUGCUAGAAGGAAAGACAAACUACAUGUGAAUUUUAGAAAUGUUUAUAUCAAAAAAUAAGUCUGAGUUUUAGCAGCUUUAUAUUGAAAUUGUUGCAGGAUGUGUGAACGCAGAGGUCGGAUGAUUUGCAUACAUGAGCUGAAAGCACAACAUAAAAAUGUCUGUACUAAAACCUGAUCCUCCAUAAUCGGCAGUAGUUUUUUAAUGAACCUAUUUUCACGUGGUGGCUGUAAAUUCUUAUUUUGUUAAUAAAUAUGUUUUUUUUUUUUUUUUUUU